GACAUCUAGUUUUCCCACACGUAAAACUGUUCAAUGAAAGUUGCUAUCGGAUGCUGAGGUUGGUAGAGGCCUGUCAGCUGAUUUGCGGCCUUUGCGGCAGUGAGGCAGCGGCAGGAAGGAGCGGUUACGAUGUUGGUUUCGCGCCAUACCCGUUAGCACUAGCCCCGAGACGCACGGUUGUGGACGGAUUCGCGCGAAGACAAGACAGCGACAGCGAAGACUGUGAACGACUCAAAGUGCCAUCGCGAAGGACGGCAGCAUGGCCGAGCGAUUUGGAAUGGCCAAGCCCGUAGACGGCGGCAACCACCUUGACGGAGACGUAGUUGUGCCUGCAUCGGACAGUGAAGACGAGUUCCCUCCAGCCUCAGUCUGCUUCGGAGGCCUGGAACCUGGGAUUAAAAUUUAUUUCGACUCGCAAGGCAAUGCUGUUCCCUGCAAGGCCGCGCGUGCCACUGCGGCGAGCACUGCGGCCACUGCACUGGUGGCCCGCGACUUGCUCGCUAACUCCCGGCUGCAGCCCCUACCUGAUGCCCGACCGCCGCGGAAGUCCGCGCCAGGGGGAUGUGUCACUGCUUGUGCUCUCGCACGUGCGGAAUGCACGGGCCAUGGAUCCACGAUACACCAGCUCGGCCCCUGA